GAGAGAGAGAGAGGCACACCCACACAACACAAGCAGGCACUGAGCAUCCAGGGUUUGCAAUGGCCGGCUGCGGAGAGAAGAGCGAUGCCGGCGUUGGCCUGUACGCCGUGCUCGGCGUUGCGAGCAACUGCUCCGACGCGGAGCUGCGCAGCGCCUACAGGAAGCUGGCCAUGAAAUGGCACCCGGACAAGUGCGGCAGCGGCAGCUCCGGCGGCUCGGAGGCCGCCAAGGCCAGGUUCCAGAAGAUCCAGGCAGCAUACGCUGUUCUGUCGGACCCCAACAAGCGUAUCCUCUACGACGUUGGAGCCUACGACAGCGAUGGCGAUGGCGAUGACGAGGGUGCAGGAGAAAUAUUGGGAGACAUCCUGGAGGCCAUGAACCACACACCUCCACACGAAGACGGCGAGAGCGAGAGCCUGGAGGACCUGCACAAGCAGUUCGAGGAGCUGUUCCUCAAACCGGACGCCUACGCCUACGCGCGCUCCUCCAAGUCCUCAUCGUCGUCGUCCAAGAUAACUGCCGGCAAGAAGUAGUAGCUCCCAAGAUGAAUGAUCUUCGCACGUGGAGACCGUCGUGUUGUUUCUAAAAGAAAUGAUCUUCGUACGUGGAGCUGCAGCUGGCUAAUUUCAUCCACGACAGAUGACUGUGAUCAAGAGCAUCUCCACGGAGGCGAAGAGAGGCAACCACCCGGAUUAAUGUUGAAUCUUCAGCAUAGCCUAGUCACUAAGAAGUAUUUAUUUAAGGUGGCAUGGGGAUGGCACCUCUCGCCAUCGCGUGGACUUUUCCACUUUGUGAUUUGUGCUACUGCUUUGCGUGAAUUGAAUAACAUUUCUGUCAUCUUUUCUUAAAAAUAAUAUAAGCAAUUAUUCCAA